UUUCGAAGGAGUUGGACGAAAGUUGUGUUCUCCGCAUUGGUUGGAGUGCUCAUGAUCGUUUGUAGUUAGUAAACAUGUGAAGGGAGCGGACGCAGGAUCUCGAGCCGCGAGCAUGUUGGAAGGUCUAGCAGCAUGGGUCCUCAACACCUAUGUUGGAGGUUACGUCGAGAACCUCAACACGCACCAGUUGUCAAUUGGGUUGCUUAGAGGCCAAGUUGAAUUGGAAAACCUUCCACUCAAGAAAGAUGCAUUUCGACAUUUGCUGCUGCCGUUGGAAAUUAAAGCGGGUUUUAUCGGAAAACUGAGCUUGAAAAUCCCAGUGACCAGGCUGCGCAGUGAACCGUGGCUGAUCACCAUUGAGCAACUGUACAUAGUUAUUGGGCCAGUCUCUCUUGACGAUUAUGAUGAAGUGCGUGAAGAUCAAGUGUUGCAAAAUGCCAAAAUUGCCAAACUGGAUGCCAUGGAAGCCAAGUGGAAGGCCAGUUACGAAUCAAAGCAAGAACCUUCAUACUAUGCGUACUCCUAUGCAGCGUGGUUGACUUGUGGCACGUCUGUUAUGUCAAACAUUAUCAAGAAUCUGCAGUUUAAAAUCAAAGACAUCCACAUCAGGUAUGAAGACGGUUGUACAGAUCCUCAAAACCCAUUUGCCUGUGGCAUCACCAUCCAAACUCUGUCAUCACAAGCAGCUGCGGCAGAUGAGGCUGCUGCACAGGAGUCUGCAUCUGGGGCUGCAGAUGACGUUGCCCACCAGUCAGUGCAGCUCAGUGGUUUUGCAGUAUACUGGGACAGUGACGUGACCCUUCUGGGAAGCCUGGACAUCCCCGCAAUGGCUGAAGCCAUGAAGAAGCAGCAAACGCAUGCGCUGAGCACUGCACGGACUGUGAAGCCGCAUUCGUACUUGCUGGCCACCACCAGCUUCCAGGCACAGAUCUCGCGGAACUGCUCACCGCAGCCACUCAGGGUUCGGUCCAAGCCACGACUUACCUGCAACCUGCAGCUGGACAAGUUUAGCAUCACCCUAAAUGAGGAACAAUACCGACAGAUGGUGUUUUGCUUCAAAGAACUGGAGAGGGUCAACGUGUCCUGGAAGUACAGACGGUGGCGACCGUCUGUUGGGAUCAGCGGAAAUGCAAGCCUGUGGUGGCAGUUUGCCUCGCAAGCCCACGUUCAUCAUCUGACCAAGAAGCGUAGCCAAGCCACUUGGGCGUUUGCUCUUCAGCGUGCCAAGGAUGUGAAAAGAUACGUUGAUGUCUACUACUGCCAUCUUGCUAAGCCGGAGUGCCUCACUACUGAAAUGCAGAAAGAGAAAAAUGCGCUGGAACAACAACUGGAGUUUGAAACCCUGCUGUCUCUUCGGGAACUAGUCAUACAGAAAGUACGCAGAGAACAGUCAUCUUGGCCUUCCGAAUCCAGGGGUCAGGGUGUCUUGCAGUACUGGUUUCCCGGCUGGACUGGCUGGUACACGCAACAGGAUGAAGCGUCGCAGCCACCUUCAGCCGAAGUGACUGAGGACGAGGCAUCGGAUAUUGACGAUGCUUCAUCUAUCAGCACAUCACUAACAACACAGAUUGAAGAGGAGAUCCUUGACGCUUUGGACAGCGUUGAUCGAGACACGUUCCUGAUGCGAGACGCGGUGUUUGCGAGGGUCUGUUUCUCACUCAGCCAGUGCGGGCUCACGCUGGUUGGGCGACAUCGGGUGGCGCCAAACCUGGGAGCUGGGGAUGAGGUCAUGCAGCCCUUGGUGGAGCUUCGCUUUACAGAGGUCACUGUAGAUGUGGAGAGUCGGCCACGACUGGGAUCAUUCCUGUUUGCAGCUCGACUUGGCUCAUUGCAUCUGCAGGACCGCACAGCGCCCAAUUCAGCCUACCCGUACAUGCUGUCUCCCCAUGCUGUUGAACAAAUGCACAUGUUUCCCAAGGCUCUACCUCUUGAAGGGACCAAGACACAGCCUUCCAUUUUCAAGUUUCUGCCUUUCACUUCACCGUCAGCUGCUCCCUUUGGCAUUUCAUUGAUGCACAGUCAGAAGACUGACUUCCCCAGUGUUCCACUCUUCGAGCUCACUUAUGAGAAAAAACCUCUGGGAUCCAACGCUGAUCACAGCCUAACAGUGAACACUCAGUCCCUGGAUGUGGUGUACAAUCCGUCCACGAUCCGGACGGUGAAGCAAUUCUUCACGCUGUUCAACUACGAAAGCAGCUGCUUCCCGUCGUCUGGUGGCCCCCUCAACCUGUCGGCGGCAGCUCGCACCCGCUACGAGUUGUUCAAGAAGCACACCAAGGAGGAGCUGCGUCACCACUGGGAUCUCAUGCUUGAAGGGGAACAGAGCACUUUGCAGAUUGCAAAAUGGGACAUCCACAUGGACAUCUCUGCACCACAAAUCAUUGUUCCAGAAAGCUUCACCGACCACACCUCUGCCACAGUUCUUAUUGACUUGGGGCGUGUGCAGUUUUCGAAUUCCUCAGCACCAAUGGAAGCGUCUCGUGCCAAUGUAGAAGACAUAUCUGAUGAUGAGGCUGACUUCAAGACACCAUGCUCUUCACCACCUGAGCAAGAGGAGCUCGAAACUGUUGUCUCGAGUCCAGCGAAGGAGACUGCAAUGUCUGAUGCAGACAUCUACAGCCAUAUGUACAAAAAGUACACAUUGAACCUGCAAGACAUGCAGGUGCUCAUUGGCAGUGGCAAGGACAGCUGGAAGUUUGCGCAGACAAAGGGAACCAGCCGAAUGCACGUGCUGGACAGGUUCUCGAUAGCCAUUCAAGUCGAAAGGCGCCUGUUGGCAACUGAUGACCCUCACUGGCCUAGUGUCAUACUUAACAUGAAGCUCCCUAGGCUGACUGCCCACGUCAAUGAGCAGAAGGUUCAUGCCAUGCAAAUGUGUUUGUCAAGACUGAGGGAAAGUACUUCAACACGGCCUGCCGGCUGGUCCUCUCAGGGCCCCUCCUCGCCAUGUGCGUCAUCUGUAGAUCUUGACAAAAUGUUUCAGCAGGAAGGGAUGAGUGAAAGUGCUUUUGCAAACAGAUCCAAGGAGUCUCAUGACACAUCGCUGCUGCUGGUAGCACAGUGUUCCAUCGAGCAAAUGUGCCUAGAAGUUCAGAGCCGAGGUAGAUGCAUUGCGGAGCUACAGGUGACGGGCAUCCAGGCCACGUUCUCCAAGACGCCUCAGGAUCUAUCCAUCACUAUGUCUGUGCAUGGACUUCUCCUAGUGGAUGCCUUACAGACGUACGGGCCUGACUUCGAGCUGCUUGUGGCAUCUCACAGGCAUGUAAGCAUGGACAGCCGGAGUGGCAGCAUCAGAGACAGUGAUCCCAACUCACCAACAUCUCCGGCAACUCCUCCUCUGCUUGCCAUGCAUCCAGCUGCACCACCUAUGCAAACUAUAGCUGUUCCAAAGAUCCUCUCGGCCAUCCUAUCCACCUUGCAGUCAUCACCACCAAAAGUGCUGAUGGACAGGCAACGCAUCUCACCGAUUGGGAUGCUGGACGCCCACGAAGCAGAUGCUCUGAUCAAUGUGGAAAUCUCUAUAUUAAAUGUUCCGAGUUCCAGCACAAAUGGUGCGGCUGAGCAACUGUUCAUCGCGGCCGUUCAGUUCAACAAUCUGGAUGUGAUUGCCAACCAAGAGACUAUCGUCGAGCUGGUAAAUUUUGCUCGUUGCCUGACGCCAUAUGAAGCUGUGAAAGUGCCUUCCAAGACAAUUUCAACAGCAGGCAGAAUGAGUAUGUCUUCUCAAGUUGAUCUCAGCCCAUCGUACGUCCAGGCAACACCAAACCAAAUCAGUAGCUUGCAGCUCAUUGACUUUCAUCGUUUCAAUGUGCUCCUGUUGCGUGCUGUGAGCAAGAAGGGCAGCGUGUCUGGUCAAAAGGUGGCCACUGCGACUGUCAGUGGAGCCAGGAUACAGGCAUCUAUAGGAUCAUCACUUGAGAUUCAGGGCACCUUAGGUGGCCUUCAGGUGUGCGACCUCAUUUCCGAGAAGACUCUGCACAGGAGAAUCGUUAGCAUGGGCAGUGACCCACACCUUGGGCAAGACCUGCACGAUCUUCUGGGCAAGCGGCAUCACGUUGAACUCUACCGUUCUCUUCCGCUGGCCAGCCACGACUCUGCGAAUGCCGAGAAAGCCUUCGAGUUCACGAUCAAGCGUUACGGGGCUCAGAGCAAACAGACUGAGUCAGAGUGUCUGGAGGUGGUCGCGCGCAUGGCGUCGGUCUGCUACACACACUCUCCCCUGCUGCUGCAUGAACUGGCCUCCUGUGCAGUUGAGUUCAAGCACUGCGUCUCCAUGCUCGCCCAGUCCAUCAAGAACGCUGCCACCGAGGUGGCGUUGGGCAUCGUGAACCUGCCUGCACAGAGCAUGGCAUUCUCGUUCCAUGUUUGCCCACCAGACAGUGCGACAACACCAACUCUACAAAGGGAGGAUUCAUUGAACGAGCCGUCUGAUGUGCAGGCUGCGCUGCCACUGGAUGUAAAGCUUGACAUCCUCUUGCAGACGCCAGUGAUUGUGCUUCCCUGCAGUCCCUCCAGCCGUGACGUGAUAGUCGCCCACUUGGGUCGCAUCUCGCUACAGAACACCAACUCAUCUGUGCUGCAGUCGGCGCAAUUUGCGUUCAACUCGUGUGACCCACACAAGGCAGGACUCUUCUUUGUGCAGUUCAGAGACAUGAACCUUUACUCUCUGAACAUUGACGAGAACCUUGCGGCAGUGUCGGGGAAGACUGGUGCUACCGGCGUCUUGCCGCCAGCUGAUUCACUGCCAGUUGUGGACCUGUACAGCUGUAGGGCUCAUGGCCGUCCCAUUCUGCAUGACACCAUAAUAGAGUUCACUGUUCAGUACAAGCAGCCGCUGGAGGAACUGGAAGUUGGCUGGUUCAAUGAUGGCUCAACCUGGCUGGGAGACCAAGGAAACCAGGCCAGCACCUCAGCGCAGUUGAAGACACAGCCUACUCUAGAGGUCUCUGGAACUGUUAUAAAUGUUCUGAAGUUUGCAGUGACGAAGUAUCAAUACGAGCUACUACUGCAGUCAACUAAGAACAUAACAUAUUGCAAGGACAUUGGUGCUGAAGAAGAGGACAUGGCAGAAUCACUCCAUAUCUCCUCAUCUUGGGAUGAAUUGGCAUCAAAGGACUUGCAUUGUGAACAUGAAAGGCCACAGCAGAGCCUUGUCAACGUUGUUGAAGACGGCACAAAGCACAUGGCAUUCAACUACCACGUCAACUUCAUGCUGCCAGAGCUCGUAAUCAACAUCUGCUCGGACUUGUGCAAUGAUAAGCAGGACCUUGUUGCUUUGUCCUUUCAAGAAUUUGUUGUAAACUACGAGCAAGACAGUCCAUACGAGACAUUGGUUCAGCUGGCUCUGAAAGGCGUUAUCAUGGAGGACCUUGUUGAGAGCCCCGAAUCUAGCCACCGUUACUUGAUUCGCUCGACUAACCCUGAGAAUGAAGCGGGGGACUCCAAGGAUGUUCGGCCGCCCAAAUCGGACUUCAUCUCGUUUUCCUGCCCGGACAUGACGUACCACAUUCCAACUAUUCCAGCCCACCCAUCUCUUCCUGACAGGCUCUGUACUCACAAUGUCUUCCAGGCACAUCUGAAGAAGAAUAAACCAACAGAGCAUGCAAAGAAGAGGGGCAAGUGUGCCAGCACGUGUGCGUCGCCGUCCACUCCGCCUCCGUCCCCGUGUGGCUCUACGACCCCUCCGCUCCUGCUGGCUCAAGAGGAUUCACUCAUGCACAUCAAUAUGCAUCUUAUUGACAGACACUGCCCUGAUUUCACUUCCAAGCAUAACAGCGUGAGCAAGGCUGUGACUGUUGAUGUGAACAGCCUGGAGGUGGUCAUCAACUCUCAGACAUGGGUGAUGGUGCUUGACUUCCUUGGCUUGGCCGCAGAUCUACCUGAAGAGCCAAGACCCACUUCUAGACAGGACUCUCUUUCCAGAGAAGACUUAGCAGUAGAGCACGAGCCCCAGGCAGAUGUUGAUAACACAGAACUGGAAGUGAACAUUCGUAACUUUAUUGUGACGCUGAACAAGCCAACGUAUGAGCUGGCUAGAGCUACAAUAAGUGGCUUCUCCAGCCACUUGUCCCUGAGAGAUUCCAACAUCACGCUACAAGCAAGCCUUGGCAAGAUAUGCGUUCUGGACCUAACGGUACAUGGUCAGCUGUACCGGGAACGCUUCAUCACAGCUGGUCCUGAGGCGCUGCACUUUACCGUGUUCAAGUAUGGAACUCUAGACCCUGAUCUUCAGCGUGACUGUGACAUCAAGGUCAAGUGUGAAAUGUCUUCGGUUCAUGUGGUUCACACACAACGGUUCCUGACUGAGGUCACUGACUUUUUUGCUGACUUCAGUGACCUUCAGAUGCUCCUGAAGGCUGCAACAGCUGGCAAUAAGAUGAAUCUAGAGGCCUGUAGAGCACCCAGGGUUCAGCUGGAGGUCACGGCUGCCUCACCUGUGAUUGUGGUGCCUCAGUCGUACAGGAGCUUCGAUGUGCUUGUUGCCAACCUGGGGAACCUGAACAUCACCACGACGUUUCGAUUCACAGGAGAGGAAAAGAGUGCUGCUUCCUCACGGCGUGCUUCACUCGAGACCUCACAGCUAGAACCUGCAAGGAAGGGCUGCACUGUGAUCAGUGCCGAAGAAGUCAUGAAAGUGCUGGAGGAUCUGGAUGAUGAGAAGUGCCUUCUGCAAGUCAUGGAUGUGGAGCUGGUGGACAUGGACGUCUAUUCUGGUGUGUGUGUGCCAGCUUGCCAAGCUGUGCAAGCGAAUCAUCCCGAGGGUUCAUACACCGUUCAGUUUCCAUCCAUCUUCAUCAAAAAGAAUGGUGGCCCUCUCCUCAAACGCACAUUGAUGUUACAUCUGCUAGUUGAGAAGAACCUGGACUCUGCUUUCAACCAUUCCGUGCCCGACUGGACGGUUGAAGGAAACUUUUCUUCAGUACACGUCACUCUGGAUCGCAGCCAGUAUGCCUUGGUCCAUGGGAUCCUGAGUCGCAACCUCGGAGAGACAGUGGAGCGCACUUCUGCAUCCAAUUUGACCCUUGUUGAGCUGUUUCCAGAACAGCAGGGAGGCCACAACGGCAACAGCUGGACUUUCUUGGCCAUACGCAUGGAGCUAGUGAAUGUGACCUUGGAGCUUGUCCAUGCCCAUGCCCGACUGCACUGCGCCAAUGCUGAGUCCACUCUGGCAAAGGUGGAGCUCAUUCGGUCCAAGCUCACGCUGGAGCGGUUCUCCGACCAAUCAAAUGACAUCGAUCUGGUCUCUCACGAGAUACGCAUCCUGGACACACGCUUUAAAGAUGCACCGGUAAACAACCGACCCAAUGUGUUCACCAAUAUCCUCUUCCCAACGAAGAAUGCCUCGAAGGAAAAAGUGUUGCAGGCUGAGAUCCACUACCGGUUCACGCACAACACAGCACGCUUCACUGUCCUGCUGAACAACAUGCGCGUCAUGGCCAUUUUCAGCUGGAUCAGCGAACUUGCUGAGUUCCUCUCUCUGCGCGACGAGCACCAAGUUAUGCUCGGUGCUAAGCAGCCCACAUCAGCAGAGUUGCACACCUCCCAGAACCAGUCCUCAGUACGACGCAUGACCAAGCAGUGGCAACAGCAGCAGCAGCAGCAGCAGCCUAUUCCAGAGGUUCCUCUGGAAUUGAAACUGAACAUGACUGACACCGAAAUCGUUGUCGUUGAAGAUUCUGCUGCAUGGGACACCAAUGCAGUUAUACUGAAGUCAACAGCAGUGCUGUCCUACCACAAAGCGCUUACUGAGAGACCCCUGUCCUGCAACCUUCAGAACUUGGAAGUGUUCUCGUGCAUUCUUGGCCUAGAGGAUGACACUGCACUGUCCAUUAUAGACCCCAUCAGCGUUUACAUUGAUCUCGUGGACCGAGAUUCCACACCACCGGAUGCCAAAUUCGGACAUGUCUUGCAGGUGGGGACAAUGAACCUCAAUCUCAGGCUUUCUUACAACGACGUCAAGAUGUUCCUCAGGAUCCUGGACUCAAUACCAAAGCAGUGGCUGCUUGGUGGCAGCAAAAUGGACUCUGUGAACAUCGACAGUCUCCUGGAGAUGGGCUUCUCCCGGGAGGACUGCCUGCGUAGCCUCGAAGCCUGCAGCGGCAACCUCGACGAUGCGGCACUCUGGCUCACUCAGAAUGCUGCCGCGAGCUUUUGCUUAAGCACUGCGAUGAGCACCUCCCAGACGGUUGUUGCCAAGCAAGACAUAGUCGUGUCUGCUGUUGAACUCAAAGUCUCUUACUUCUGCCUCUGCAUCAUUGAUGAUUGCAUGGAUGCCGAUGUACCACUGCUGGAAAUCGAUCUCAGGGAAACAUACAUUUCUCAGGAGCUUUUGAAAACAUUCAGCGGAGAGUCCAAGUUUUUCUUCAGCAUCGGCUACUACAACAGAGCGCUCUCGGGGUGGGAGCCCAUCAUUGAACCAUGGAGGUGCAAUUGCCAGUGGGAGGCUGCUUUUGGGAAGACUGGCCUUGCAAAAUGUCACUUCAAGAUAAAUGCUGAGGAUGUCCUCAAAGUGAACAUUACCACUGCACUGCUGGACCUGUACCAGAAAGUGAAAACCUCUUGGGCCACUGAUUUCUAUCAGCUUUUUUCUGCUGAAAAGAACAUGGAGAACAGUGAUGCUGCCGGCCAAGGGGAGACACCUGUCAGGCGCCGUUCCCCUUUUGUACCCUUUGCGAUCAAGAACGACCUUGGAGUCGCCUUCCGCUUUACGGCUUAUGUCUCUGCGACAUUUAGUGGCAACAAGGACGAAGCUUCCACUUCUAGGUUUGACUGGAAGGACGUUGAACCUGGUCAGGUCGUGCCUUUCACAUUCGAAGGACGAGGCAAGAUCAGGCAUCAGGAUUCCCACGAGUUGAGGAUGCACAGGCUGGUUUUGAAGAUUCCAGGCUACACCCAGCUUGAUCCGGUGUCUGUGGAAAAAGUGGGCGUCUACUUCAAGUAUGCGAGGCCAGUUGAGCGUCAGCACCGUGCUUCCGGUACGACACGUGUGCUGUUCAAUGUGACCCUUGAUGGCAAUGCCCGAAAGAUGAUCACUGUGCAGUCAGCCUUAGUGAUCAAAAACAGGGUGGAGGUUGCAGUGGACCUGAAGCUUGAAACAGUCGGAGUGCGGCCGUACCAGAUCUGCCUGCAGCCCAAGUGCACCACCGCGGUGCCCCUACCGUACGUGUUUGCGGACAUGUGGGUGCGGCCGACCAUCUCCCUGAUUGCCUACUCGGCCCUGGAGUGGCAGCACGUCGCCACCAAGCAGCAGGGCAGCAGUUAUUCCAUCACGUGCUGCCCCAUACGCAACGAUGCUGCCGUUUUCAGGUUCUCGGUGGAUGUGAAGCGUGAAAAGUACCCUGACAGAAACACAGUGUCCAGCAGCAUGCCGGGGCACACAAUCAGCCUGCUGCCCCCCAUUAGAAUAUACAAUCUGCUGCCCUGUGAGCUGGACUACGUGGUGAAUGAGGGCCAGUGCAGGGGCAUCAUCUCUGCACAAAAGAACCGGGCUCUGCACGAGGUGAACACUGAGCAAUACGUGAUCAUUGGCUUUACUCUGGAGAACUUCCGUCAGUGCACCAGCCUGGUGAUUCCUCCUGGCUCAAGCAGUUUCUCCACGAGGCUGGAGACUCACGACACGGAAGGACGGCUUCUUGUGCUGCAUGCACGCGUCAGUGUUCUCCGUUCCAGAGCACUCAAGGUGUAUGUGUCAGUGCCUUACUGGAUCAUCAACCGCUCUGGUCUGCCGCUCAUCUUCAAGCAAGAAGGAACCAACUCAGAGUCUGCUGGUCAAUUUCCUGAGCACGAGCAAGCACGAAGUAUGGUGCCCCUGUUGUUCUCCUUUGCUGACACUGAGGCAUCCAUGAUGUGCAGCAUGAGGGUAGGAAUGGAGUUGCACCCGCGCACCUUCCCCCAGUGGUGCAUGUGCUUCUCUCUCGAGAAGGGCAUCAAGGUGCGUCGCCUCAUGGUGUCUCCAAAUGAUGCCCGGCCUGACUGGGUGUACACAAUAGGAGUGGAGAUUCGACAAGGGCGUGGCAACUACAUGUGUACCAACUAUGUCGUGCUCUCGCCAAGGUUCCUGAUUGACAAUCAGAGCAGCUCUGUUGUUCAGAUUGCCCAGAGGUUUGCCACCAAGGAGCUGCACCAGCACAGGCACCACAUCUCCCUGGCAAAGCCAAAAUCCAGCCUGCCGUUCCACUGGCCUCGAGUGGACCUUGACAACCUGUUGUGUGUGCGGCUGGUGGACAUACCUGGCUGCAUGUGGUCUGGUGGCUUCAAGAUUGAUGAGCUGAACUCCUUUCACAUCCACAUGAGGGAUGAUUUGGGCAGGUCGCACUUUCUUCGAGUGGAAGUGAUAUUGAAAGGUGCAACAUUCUUCAUCAUCUUCAUGGACUGUGCCAAGAUCCCACCACCACUGCGCAUUGACAAUCAGUCAGAAGUUUCUAUCACCUUCCACCAGACGCACGUUAGCAACGAGCUGCUCAGGGCCACUGUCAAGGCACACACCUCAGUUCCCUAUGCCUGGGAUGAACCCACUCUGCCUCCACACAUCACAGUGACAGCGCCGGGAGGGAUGAGCGAAGCGUACGACAUGACCAUUUUCAGAGCUGGCAAAAAGCUGUACUAUGAGAACUUCUUCUACAUCGCUUUCUCAGGAACGUUCCUAGAACCGCGAGCUAUGGUGAAAGUUCAACCGGGCUCAAAAGAUGUCAAGUGUCAAGAAUUGGUCCUUGAUGUUCCUCAAGGGACUCGCGUCGUCAUUAACAAGAAGGAACUGGGUAAGCGUUCACAGCUGUGGCGCAUGACCUCAACGGGGAUGCUGCAGCACGAGGGCUCGAGCACUCCGCGCGAACCGCGGCCCAGCGCUGAACCUGGCCGCAUGCUAGUCCUUGACAUUGCUGGGCUGGGUCCUGAACCCAAGAAGUACACAGAGCUGAUGCUGCGCAAGCCUGAUGGCCGGCGUCGCCUGACCCAGACGUGGCAGUUCUGCAGUGACGGCCGUCUUUGCUGCCAGCUACCUGGCAUGUUUGUGCAGCCACGUGAUGGAUUCCAUGGCCUGCGAAGAGGAAACGAUGUAGUCCUGGGCCCUCCACAACCGGUUAGCUUUGAAUGCAUGCCUAAUGGAGUGCCAUUGGAGCAGGCUGUCACCAACCAGAAGAUGCGUGCUGGCUCCGGCGUCCUUUUGGUGCGAGUCAUUCCGAAGGGACCCACGAUAGUGUUGUGCAUAUCCGACUUCAUGCAAAAGCAAAAGGUUUCUGUAAGCAUCCCAAGCCCAGAUGCCAGCCUUCUUGCACAGAAAGCAUCUGGAUCAGAGGACCAGCAGGCUCCGCAGCUGGAUGGGAGGUUUGGCUUGGACCUUGAGCUUAACCUGCACCUGUUGGGAGGCCUGGGUGUGUCGGUCAUCAACCACCUGAGUGAGGAACUCGUCUAUGCAGUGCUUCAGAACAUCCGUGUGAACUUUAUUCAGAGUGCAUCGUCGCAGCUCCUGGAUGCCAGUGUUGAGAAUGUUCAAGUUGACAAUCAGCUGCACGGGGCUGAACGCCCCGUGGCACUCUAUGUGACACCCUUGCACGAGCGUGACAGACAGCGCCAUCUGCCAGCCAUAGUCAUCACUGCUGAGCGCUUGCCCCAGAAGGACACAGAUGUGGUCAUCUUCCAGCAUUUCAUAAUGCACAUGAAGAACAUUACGUUGGCCUUGGAGGAAUUACUGAUGCUGAAGAUUGUCCAGUUCCUGCACCACCUUGUGGAUGAUUUCGGGGAUGAAAUUUUCAUUGACAAUCAACUGCAGAGAGCACACGCAGCAGCGUCAGCCAAUGCCAGGCGCUUCUACUUCAACACCCUGAAACUGAGGCUGGACCAAGUCAAGCUCAGCGUGCUCACCUUGAGUCAUCGUCCCCCCGAGUUGGAUGCCAUCAAGAAGAGAGUCGGAUGGAGUCUCAUGCGUUUCGAGGACGUUGCCGUCGAACUUGAUUCUUUCGUGAAGUCGCACCCAUUUGAAUCUCUCGAAUUUCUAGUCAACAAUGUGGUUGAACAUUACAGAGGGGAGUUUCAGAGCCACGCUGCAAAGAUUCUGGGUGCUGUGGACUUCCUGGGUGACCCAGUGGGGCUCAUCAAUGAUGUCUGCACGGGCUGGUCUGACUUUAUGAAGGAUGGAAAUGCCGCUUGCCUCUUGAAGGGGGUCACCCAUGGCCUCUCCAACUCCACUGCCAAGAUGGCUGGUUCACUGUCCGAGAGCCUGACCACGGUCGCUAACCCUGGGCGACAGCUGGAGCAGCGCAGCCGCAGCACUGCAGCCCCCGAAAGCUCGAGCGAAGGCCACCUAGUGACGGGCCUGCGUCGGCUGGGCAGCGGAGUGGUUGGAGGCUUCACCAGCAUCGCGAAGCAUUCGUACCAGGGGGCCAUCAACGAGGGCGUCCAGGGCCUGCUCACGGGCUUGGGCAAGGGCCUGAUUGGGACAGUGGCUAUGCCAGCUGCUGGAUUCCUGGACCUGGUGACGGAGGCUGCCAGCAUCGUGCGUGACACUAGCAAACCCCUAUCGCACGUGCACCCACGGCGCUGCCGGGCGCCUCGUCUCUGCUCGGGACCAGGCGGCCUGCUUCCCUGCUACUCGACCACUCAAGCGCUCGGGCAGCAAUUCCUCUGCAACUUGACCGAUGCCGGUGGAGAUCUAUUCGUAGCCAUGGAGCAGUUAGAGAAUCGCCCUGACGGCCUGCGAGUGCUCAUAUCGACCGAGCGUGCCUUCAUCAUUAAGCGUGAGGGUGCUCAUGCUGAGACCAUCGUACACGUAGUGCACUACAGUAGCCUCAGCUACUGCCGCUGGUUCCCUUCCAACCUGGGGCCCCAGCCGCAGCCGCCCUUCUACGUGGAGUUCCUGCUAAGACCCGAGAACCAGCGGCUCUCGGCCAGCUUGGACCUGAACCAUGGAUCUCUUCGUGUUGGCUGUGAGAGUGAGACCACAGCGCGAAAGGUUGUGCAACUAAUAAAUUAUGCAAGAGACACCUACGAGGAGAGGAAGUACACAGCCCACUUCAGUGACAGCGAUGAAGACGACUGAAGUGCUUGGAGGAACAGAAAUGGACGGGACAUUCUUUUCAACGAAUGCUGUUAGCUGUGAUCAUAGUAUAUUUAAAGAAAUAUUUUUGUGUGGGCACAACUAACUUACCUCCCCAAUCGCGCACACAUGUAAUAAAAAGCAUGCACACAUAACAUCUUGUCUCGCCCGUAUGGUGAGAAUUCAGCUGGUACAUAGACCACCGUCAUUUGUUGUAUCAUAGUAACAAAAUGUAGGCAUUCGUGAUUGUUGUGUAGAAGGAUGUUACAUGUGUUAAUAGUCCUUGAACAAAGGUAUUUUCCUCCUGCUGAGAUAAGGUACGUAGGAUAAAGCCAAAAUAAGUUAUUGUUGUAGAGCCAGAUGCACGAGAGUUAUUUUAAUAUAUUUUAUGCAUGAAGGUGCUGCAGACGAAAAUAAAACUGCGGCGACAUUGGUCCUUUAGAGCUUCUUCGGUGCUACCAUUGUUGUGACUCUUAAGCAGCGAUUGUAAAUAAAUGCUUUCUUUUUA